AGGACCGAUGUAAGUAUUUCGUCUGUCCUUCUUGAUUUACUUCUGUAUAUAUAAUUUCCUCUCUCUACUUGUAUAUUCGAUUCCGGAUACAACCAGAUUACUACGUCGCUGUUGAACAAUUUCCGUUUCUCGUAUUUCAUUGCAGCUUUCUCGUAUUUCAUUGCAGAUUUGUGAAAAAAAAACGGAACAACACGCACGGGGCUACUACGCAGCUCGAGAGACGCAAGAAAUCUGGGGGGGAGUUCAGGAUCUUCCGGGGACCCUGCUGACCCCGGCCAGGACAGCUCGAAAAGUGCGCAGGAGACCUACAAGGUUCCAUUCGAAAGCGCAGAGACGAGCCGGGACCUUGAGUCUUGCAGUUGCGAAGAGGAUAUGAAAUGCAAAGCAUCGUACUAGUAGAAAUCGCAUAAGAAAUUUCCUCAGCAUGAGAAAGAAAAUUUGUAAUGCGGAUUUAACGUGAGAAAGAAAUUUGUAAUGCAUGAAUGCGAUUAGUACGAGUGCGAUAACUUUGCAAUGCAUAGAUGAGGAUGUAGCGGUCGCGGAUGUCCCUUCUACCUCGUCAUCUUUUGAACAGAUGAUGACGGAGAUGACCACAAGUACAACGGCCGACAAGAAGAACUACGAUCGCACACGACCAGCAGCUACGACUCCUUCCUUUUUGGAAACAAAACCGGCGCAAAAAAUCCUCGAGGGAAAGGACAAGCGGGCGUCCUCCUCGGGACAAAAAACAUCCUGCCCACCGUGUCGUAGUUCAUCUUCCACGAAUGUUGAACGCAGUGCUAUGGCGUUCUCAAGCGUUACAUUCUCAAUUGUUACAUGAAUUUGUCAUGCAGAACUACCUUAAGCCGUGCGGCAGAUGAUCAAGCUGCUUCGCAUGACAAAUAAUCUCCGAAGGGCUAAACAGGAUGUAAAUCUGUGCAAAACCUGUGAUGCGAAAGCAGCCAGCUUGCCCCUUUGACUAUUGCUGUUCUUGCAUUGCAAAUCUAUGUUGUAAACAGUUCAGAAUGUAACGCUUGAACGCUAUAAGUGCUGGAGUUGUCACUACCACAACUUCUACCGGAACUAGUACAGAGUCGCCUGCUACCGGACGAGACCACGCAAGGGGCGUGUUGCGCCACGUUUUUGGAGCAAGAAGGGGAGGACGAGGGGAAUCUCGGUGUUGUGCAAGGACAGGAUUACACCAGAAAGAAUUCUGUUCUCGGGGAGCCGCUGCUGCAGCAGGGUUCGCCAGAAGGAACUCCCAGCAAGCUCCUUGACGAGAAUACCAGCGAAUAUGAGCUGGAGGAGGAAAAGAAGAUGAAUGAAAGUUGCUGCGAGAUGAAAAGAUCGGGGUCGUCUCCGCGGCGCAAUCCCAAAAGAAUUCCGUCUGGCGGGUGGAGGACCAUCAAGGGCCCCCCACUCCUACCUCGUCGCCCGUUGUACUUGUGUGAUCAUGAUGGCUUCACGGUUCUUACCCUUUUUACCCCAGAAGUUGUACCCUUAUUUUUCCAACGAAGAUUUUGUUGA